AUGGAUCAAUUCGCAUCCUUGCUGGCACCGGGCAGUAUCGGAUCCGUCCACACAGAAGGGCCUUCCAACUCACUCCAUCUACCAUGGCUCACAACGUCGAGCGUAAAGCAAUAUACACUCGUAUUCCCCAUCAUCACUGGAGAGAACAAGAUAUGCUUGGGCUUGAAGAAACGCGGCUUUGGUGUUGGGAGGUAUAAUGGAUUCGGCGGCAAGGUUGAACCAGGAGAGACGGUGUUAGAUGCGGCCAAACGUGAACUACUUGAAGAGGCCAAUAUCACAGCAAUCAAGAUUAGCUCUUGCGGUCGCAUGUACUUUGCGUUCGAGAACAGUCCUGUGCUGAUGGACGUGCAUGUGUAUCGUAUUGAGGAAUGGGAACAAGAACCAGAAGAAACGGAGGAGAUGCUGCCCAAGUGGCACUCGACGCUGCCAGCGGCCCAAGCUGAAUCGGUUUUCCUGCCUAGCAUUCCGUUCGACAAUAUGUGGCCGGACGACGAGCUCUGGUUCCCUCUGUUUCUUGCGAAGAAGAGCUUUGUCGGCAGGGUGGACUUCAACAAACCCGUAGAUGGCGAGAAGAACAGCAAGAUGGAAGACGGCCCAAUGCGCAAGUGGUGGUUUGCUGAGGCUUCUCUUGAUUCCAUGAAGGCGUAAUGGCUCGAUGGACACUAAGAUCUUGGCGACCUGCUGUGUUCAGACAACAUUCUCAUAGCAAUACAUUGCUGAAAAGUAUACCGGAAGAACAGAGGGUUCUGCAACAUCCUAAUUCGAUGUGUUUUUCUUUGCUGCUCCCAUAACGGCUGAAAGUCUCAUAUCCCUCUGACAAGCCCAUCGCUGACUGUGUUGCUGCCGCUGCCCCUUUCUAGUCCUCACCUGUAGGCGACACUUAGUUUUCCUCCUGGCUUGCAUCACUGGCUUGCAUCAGCAUGGUCGACAGCAGUGGUGGCAGGAUAUGAUUCCGUGCCAUGCUCAUCGACCAUGUCGCUGUCGAUGGUCGCAACUGCCACCUCGUCGCUCUCGUCUGUGCUCCGGAUGCUACUGUCCAUUUCAUUGCCUAUAUGCUGGUGUCAGUUGCAUGAGGACGUCUGUUGGUCGACCUACCGGAUCGUUGGCCUGCAGCGUUCCCCCUGCCCAAGCCCUCGGCAGCCUAAACAUGAGGAGCGAUCAAUCAGCCCAAGCGCUAUUGCAGUUCCCAAACUCAGUGCUGACUGGUGUGUUCCCGUCUCCCAGGAUCUCCCCGUCCUCUCUCUGUGCGGUGUUGCCCUGCACGCUGCAUGAGUCCUCGAAAGGGUAUGGAUGGCUGUUGUUGUUCUCACCCUGGCCCUGGUCGGUAGUGACGCAGAGACGUGACCUGUGGUCAACGCCUCUACGAUGAUCUCUGCUGGGUUGGUGGGUUCGACGACCACUAACCACAAGUCAGUCAACUUGCUUCCCAAACAUUAAGGUACAAUCGAUUUUGUACCCAAAUCGCUAUGGUGUCUAAGGUAUUACCUAUAAGCAGUGGUGUCAAAACCUUUUCCUCAAGAGGAAAGCAAGAGAUAUCGACAGAAGAAGACGCGUCUCCCAAGGUUGAUCACUGCAUCACUCAUUUAUAUGGCCAACGCCCACGGGUGCAUAUAUUUGCACGGGGAGCGGUGAAGAGUGUGCCGGGGUACCAGCGACCCCGGCUUCUGGCCGCUAGAAGCAUGGAAACCGCCCUGAACAAAAUGGUCUCCGCCUUCGGCUUGCAGAAUGGGUAGAUCACCGUGCAGGGACCUUUGUUCGUUGCCCCGCGGCAGAGUUGAGGGUUGUCAAAGGAGGCACAAUCCAUGUUCCACUCGCGUGGUCAUGUAACGAUAUACUUGUACAACGUUUUAUGAAA